UCAGGGGUAAGCUGGAGGAGGAGGAGGAGGCUGGGCAGAGGGAGGUUUGGGCUCCACAGCUCUGGCUGCGGCCCCGCGACUCAGCCCCGGAUAAGCUGAAGAAAACGGAUGGAUGAGGACCGUUACACCUUUCUUGCUGAGUGGUAUGACCCCACCGCCGCUCUCCUGCGGCGUUACCAACUGUUUUACUACCCCAGAGAUGGCUCAGUAGAAAUGUUUGAUGUAAAGAACCAGCGGAUAUUUCUGAGAAGGACCAAAUACGACAUCCAUCAGGAGGACUUGUUCAUCGGGGGUCGAGUGAACGUGUUCUCACGGCAGCUAAACCUGAUUGAUUACGGGGAUCAAUACACGGCAAACAAACUCGGCAGUAAAAAAGAAAGAACACUUGCUUUGAUAAAGCCAGAUGUAAUCACCAAGAUCGGCGAUGUCCUUGAGCUGAUCCACUCCUCCAACCUGAUAGUGACCAAAGCCAAGAUGACAAAGCUCACAUGGAGCCAGGCAGCUGACUUCUACGCUGAGCAUCAAACCAAGCCGUUCUUUAAUAACCUUGUACAGUUUGUGUCCUCGGGCCCUGUGGUUGCCAUGGAGCUGAUGGGUGAUGAGGCCAUGUCUAUCUGGAGGAGGCUCCUGGGGCCUGCAGACUCUGCUGCAGCUCGGAGGGAGGCGCCGCAGAGCGUCCGCGCCCGGUUUGGAACAGAUGGCAUCAAAAAUGUCGGGCAUGGCUCCGAUUCACUCGCUGCAGCAGCAAGAGAAAUUGAAUUUUUUUUCCCUUCCACAAUUGGCCACGGUCCAUCUAACACAGCCGUCUUUACAGACUGCACAUGCUGCAUCAUCAAACCCCACGUCAUAUCAGAAGGUGUGACUGGGAAGAUCCUGAACUCCAUAUCUGCAGCCGGGUUUGAAGUCUCAGCUCUUCAGAUGUUCAACAUGGACCGGGCGAACGCAGAGGAAUUCUAUGAAGUCUACAAAGGCGUCGUCACAGAGUAUCCUAGUAUGGUGACCGAGCUGUGCUCUGGCCCCUGCAUGGUCCUGGAGAUUCAUGGCACAGACGCACCCCAGACCUUCAGGGAGUUCUGCGGGCCUGCUGAUCCAGAAAUUGCACGGCAUCUUCGUCCAACCACGCUGCGUGCCCUUUACGGCAAAGAUAAAGUGAAAAACGCCGUCCACUGCACAGACCUCCCUGAAGACGGUGUUCUGGAGGUGCAGUAUUUCUUCAAGAUUCUGGACGGAUGAAACCACAUUCAACACAAAGACUUCAGUUGUCUCAUUUUUCUGUUUAUUGUUUCAACCUUAUGCAGAUUAAAUAAAGUAACAAGAGCAGA